AUGCCGGGGGGGGCAGAAGCGGCAGGUGAUCCGGGAUUCACGGCAGCGACCAGCGCUGCUGCCGCCACGUCACGCGUAGAUUCGUCACCGGAAGGCGCCACGCAAGCCACGUGGACAUACCGAUCGAAUCCGUUCAUUCGGCGUGACGUGGCGGAGAUCGUGGUGGUGCGGCACGGCGAGACGACGUGGAAUCGCGAGAACCGCAUGCAGGGACAGACGGAGUCCGACCUCAGCGACGUCGGCCGUGCUCAGGCCCGCGCGGUGCGCCCCGCCUCGUCCCUCACGCUUCUGGCAGCUCGCUUCGCCGGGGGUGACCUGCCAUUCACAGCGCUGUAUUCGUCGGACCUCAGGCGGGCGGCAGAGACGGCGGAGGGGGUGGCAGAGGCGGUGGGCAUGCGAGGAGAGCAGGUGGUGCGGCUGCCGGGGCUCAGAGAACGCAACUUGGGGGUUCUGGAGGGCCUCGUCCGGGAGGAAGCUUCUCGGAAGCACCCUGAGGCCUACGGCAUACUGACCUCAAAGGACUGGAGUCAACCCAUUCCUGUGUGCCACUCCUUUGCCGCCUCUUCUCCCCCUCUCCAUCAUCGUUUUUGUCUGUUGCCUGGCCGGCCCGCACUGUGCCUUCUCUACCCCUCUCACGCUGCAGUGGUUUGCUUGCGCUCUUGUUUCUGA